UUGUUUUAUAUUAGAAGUAUACAGAAGAGGAGAAGUUUUAUAGGCAUCGUAGAGAAGUACGGAGGGUCUCAUUUUUAGGGAAUUCAAUUCUCCAUACAAACUGGAAUGCACCGAAAAUUUUCAAUUCGUUUUUUUAUAAAACGUCAGUCAAAAACUCGGGAAUCAAUGAUUCAUUAAAAGGAGACUCUUUAAAACUCACUGACAAACACUGUUUCUUCCAUGAAAAUUACAUGAACUUGUUCAUCUUUUGAGGCGUUUUUCGAAACACUGGUUGAUGUUGAGAAUAUUUGCACUUUUCAUUUUGAAAUUCCAUUAGCCAUUGGCAAUAAUAAACACUAAAUUCAAAAGCUAUGAAUUGACAGUAGCAUAAGAAUUUUUUUAUAAUACAGACCAUAAAAUUCUGUGUCGAAAAGUAUAUGUUUCAACUGUUUCCAGUAAAAUCGCUUGGACGGAAAAUGCAAAAUACUAUAAAUGUCUUUAAACUAUGACCACCAGUUUAUAUUUGCUAUAACAACUAUCAGUUUUAUUUUUAUCAAAAUAACAAUAAUCAUCAUUGUUAACAUAUCUAUUAGCAAAUCGCUAUCAACUUUUUCUUCAUUAGAGAGUAUUUACAUUUUCAAGUGAACGUGCAAACAUCGUUUCUACGCAGCGGACUAUUAUAUGGAUCAUAGAUUCUUUAUCGUUAUUCAAUAUACAUUGUUCUUCCUGCUAUCCGGUAAUGAUUGCAAAGAUAAUGACAAUACUUUCUUCAAAAUCAAUCAUUCAUAUAAAUUAACUUAUAUUCGAGACGCACAAGUAAGAAUGUUGUCUUGAAGCAUAAACAAACUUCACUGUUUUUUUCUUCCUUAGUAUUCUCACAAACUACAGAGGUUCAAUAAAUCAUCGAGAACUAGACAGAAUUUAUGGGAAUUGAAGCGUACUACCAGAGAUGUAGGGAACUCCUAGGGAUUAGAGUGAAUCAGUAGAAAUUUUCUCAAGAUCUUCUGUAGAUCCAGCUUCAGAAUAAAAUCACACAUACAGUAUGAUAUCUGGUGAGGGUAGCACAAAAGAAUGUAGAGUUCCGAAGAUAUGCGAUUCAUGAAAAGAGUUUGUGAAAAUUGCCAGUAAUAUUUUGUGAACUAUAAUUAGCCUACAAAUCUGUAUUACUUUCAGGUACUCCAGAAAUCACUACUAAUUGACUCAAGUGCUAGGUACUUGAUUUCAAGUCUCCGAUUAUCAUCCAAAUCCUUGAUACUCUACUAAAUCGCUGAUCGCUGACAAUCUUAAUUUCGAAAUAUAUAUGAUAAUUGAUGUUUUUUGAGUAAUCUGAUAACUCAUUUUCGCUGUGGACUCACUUGAAACGAAAAGAUGAAGUAGAAACACGGCUAACUCUAGCGACUUGAAUACGCUACUUGAUUUGAAAAUAUUUUGAACAUUCGAGGAAAGGAACGUUUAUAGAUAUUCAUCUUGUCUAAGGCUUAAUGUGAAAUAUUUCACUUUUCAAUGUCAUUGUACCAGAAACUGUGUUAUAAACAUUUAUUUACCAAAAGUAGUUGAUAAUAUAAUAUUAUUUCUCGUGGAACUCACAUAUAUGUUCGAAGAAAAUAGUGAUCAUAAGUAUUGAGUUACAGAUACUCAACAAAUAAAUCAUAUAGAAACUAAAGAUUUUUCGAAGUUAUUUUUGCAUUAUUGUCAAUAUAAAAUGACUUCGACACGUAUCACUUUAUAAAAUAUAUUUAGGUAAUUUAUCCUUCUCUUGUCGAUGUCAAUUCGUAUGCGCUCGCAACUGUUCCACUUGAUACUAUCUAUAUUGCUAAUAGUUCUCUGCCGAACGCUGGCCUAGGAGCUUUUGCUGCUCGUUCUAUCGCACGUCUGAGUUAUUUUGGUCCUUACGGUGGUUUUAAACACAACAAUUACAUCAUUGCAAAUGCAAAUGGCUAUGCUUGGACAAUUGACGAUAAGUUGCACAGCAUGAUGUAUUGUAUCGAUGCAUCUGAGCCCAACAACUCUAAUUGGCUUCGAUUUAUUAAUUGUCCAAACACUUUAAGUCAACGAAAUCUUGUUCCACUCGAGUAUUAUGAAAAAGUAUCAAAAUUUCAAGAACAAUGGCAACAAUCAUCUAUUUUAAAACAAAUUAUUAUAAGAUAUUAUCGUUUUAUGCAAUUAAAAGCAUCCCAUCCAAUAAAUCUUCUAUUAGUUCCUACAUUAGAUAUUGAAAUAGUUUGGCAAACUCAUUUACUUCGACCUGAAAUUUAUCAAGCUGAUUGUAUUCGUUUAUUUCGUUGA